AUGGUGCACGGUACAGGCAUGUUGAAUGGUGUUUCAUUGCCAAAAUUAAAUCGAAGCUAUAAAAAGAAUUAUUACGACAUAAAACAAGAACGAAGAUUUUGGCCUGCAGCGCCCAAGGAAAGUCGCUUCCUCUCGCUUUUCACUGUAGUGACAUUCCCAAACGGUGGUUGCGCUGGAGCCUCCGGUGACAACGGCACCUGUAUGACAGCAAGAGAAUGCUCAACCAGAGGUGGCUCUGCUAAUGGAUACUGCGCCAACGGCUAUGGACUGUGCUGUAUCUUCAUGACAUCGUGUGGGAGUACGACGUCUGAGAAUGGAACUUACUUCGUCAGCUCUGCGUAUCCUUCAUCGUACGACGGUACGGGAUCCUGCGAACUCACUGUCAUAAAAUCACAUCCUGACGUAUGUCAGAUAAGAUUAGAUUUCGAUCGAUUCACAAUCGCGGGACCCGAGCCAAUAAACCAUGUCUGUAACCAGGACCAGUUCAUCGUGUCCGGUGGUAACCCGGUCCCCGCCAUCUGCGGAGUCAACCAAGGGCAUCACAUGUACAUAGACGCGGGCAUCGGAACAACAAAUCCGGUUAAGUUAACAUUCGUAACCAGCGGGAAUACGUUCGAAAGAAUCUGGAAAGUCAAAGUCACGCAGAUUCCUUGCAGUUCAACCUAUAAGGCUGACGAAGGCUGCCUCCAGUACUACACGGGCGUGUCUGGUCAAUUACGCUCUUUCAACUAUGACCCAGCCUCAGGAUUCCAGCUGAGUAAUCAAGACUACGGCAUCUGCAUCAGAAUGGAGAGGAACUUCUGCGGUAUCCUGUACACCGCCUGCCCCGACCAAGUAAACAAUCGCUCAAGAUCUUUCACUUUGAGCGGAAACAGCAACAAUCCAGUCAACUCAAUGAUUGGUUCCGGAGCUGGACCCAACAACUGCGCGAAUGAUUGGCUGCUUGUACCUUGUGCGGCAAACGUUGGCCGGAUUCAGCCCAAUCAAGCUCUUUGCACCGAUAGGAUCUGCGGCGGGACGUUCUCUGCUGAUCUGUCAAUGCAAGCCUCGCAAGUACUUAGUACGGUGAAGCCGUUUCGGCUAUGGUUCCACGCGGACAAUGUGGAGGCGCCGAUAGAUGUUGACAACCGUGGAUUCUGCCUCAAUUUCGUUCAACAGCCUUGCACCAACAACGUAAUUUAGUUUUAAAUUGUAUGCAAUUAAAGUACACAA